AUGUUCUUUCGAAAGCAGCGGCGCGCAAAGCCUGAUCUACAUCCCGGCAACUCAUCAAGCAGUCGCGACUCGACUAAGGGCCUGAGGAAUCUAUUUCCUCUGUCAAAACCGCAGUCCAACACGUCAACUAACUUGGACGAUCAAGCGAAGGGUGAUAGGGGACCACUUGGACUGAGCCUCCUAUAUUCCCCGUCAGCGCCCGAGAUCGACCUCAUCUUCGUCCAUGGCUUAGGCGGUAAUUCUAGAAAGACAUGGAGCAAGUCGUCCGCAGAGCGAUCUCAAUUUUGGCCAGAGGAGUGGCUCUCCAAGGAUCCCGCAUUCAGGAAUGUCCGUCUUCAUAGCUACGGGUACGACUCGUAUUAUUUGAAGGGUAAGGAGGACUGCUUAAAUGUUCAUCACAUUGGCAAGUCAUUCCUAGGCGCGAUCAGUACCUCGCCAUGCAUUGUCAAUUCCAGAACAUACAUCGUUGUCGUCGGCCAUAGCAUGGGUGGCCUGGUAAUGAAGAAAGCAUACAUCCUGGCGAAACAGGAUGCAGGGCACGAAGCGCUGGCUGGACGAUUCGCCGCAUUCUAUUUCCUCGCCACACCGCAUCGAGGUGCCAACUCGGCAAAGAUGCUCAAGAAUCUCCUCAGGGUUGCGUACGACCGCGCUUAUGUUGGUGAUCUGGAACCGAACUCUGAAGCAGUCCAAGUGAUCAAUGACGAAUUUCGGCAUUUUUCAGCUGAUCUUGAGCUCUGGUCAUUUUAUGAAACACAGAAUAUGAAAUUAUUUAGCUCACUCAUCGUCGAUCCUGAGUCAGCCGUCCUUGGGUACCGUGGAGAGAAACAAAUACCCAUGACUGCUGACCACCGCUCGAUAUGCAAGUUUGACACACCUCAAGAUCCCAACUAUAUACUCCUACGAGACGCACUCGCCUCUACUGUGAGCAGAAUUGUCACGGCAAUUCCAGAGAAGAAGCGUGAGAGGACCAAAAAUCUCAAGAAGUACCUCCAAGUUUCCGAUUUGUUGGAUGACGAUCUUGCAAAUGUCUGCGAAUCUCGGAUGCGCGGGUCGUGCGAAUGGAUUUCGUACAAAGCCAGUUAUGCCAGAUGGAAGGACGGGGAGUACGGGAAUGAUAGAACGCUAUGGAUCAAGGGCAAGCCAGCAACUGGAAAAUCUGUUCUUGCCGGCUAUGUCAUCGAUCAGCUCAAGGGGUCCGGCCAGGCUUGCAGCUACUUCUUUUUCAAACAUGGAGACAAGUCCAAGGCCAACCUAGGUCGUUGUCUCCGAUGUCUGGCUUUUCAGAUGGCGAUCUCCAAUGCCGAAGCCAGUGAUGCCAUCCUAAAAAUGCAGGCGGAUGGUAUCUGCUUCAAUGGCGUCGACGAACGUACCCUCUGGAGAAUCCUCUUCCUUUCCGGAAUUUUUCAGGCCACAAUGACUCGGCAUUACUGGGUCAUCGAUGCUCUGGACGAGUGUUCCAACCCUCCGGUCCUUUUGAAUGCCAUUCUUUCCAACAUGGACGAAUCUAUACCACUGAGAAUUCUCGUCACAAGUAGGGAUACGGUCGAGCUGGACCAAGGUUUCUCGGUCAUUCCAACCAACCUGGUCCAGAUCUUGCCAAUCUCGGUAACAGAUACAAAAUCAGAUCUCAGACUUUUGAUUGAGAGGAGGACCCAGGCCUUGGGAGUCGUUAAACCUAACGAUCGGGGUGAACUGGCCGAGAAGAUUUUAGACAAAUCUAAGGGGUCUUUCUUGUGGACAAUUUUGGUACUUGAGGAACUCCUACGUUGCCACAGCAGAAAGGAAAUUCACCAGAUCCUUGAAGACGUACCAAGAGGCAUGGGAUCACUGUACAAGCGGACUCUAGACUACAUGUCACAGGUCACUCGCGGAAAGGAGCUGGCCAAAACCAUCCUCAUGUGGGCAGCAUGUGCGGUUCGACCAAUGUCAAUUAGCGAAUUAGACGGUGCUCUGACCCUGGACAUCCACGACUCAUUCCCAAACUUGGAGGAGAGCAUCGCCGCGCUCUGUGGUCAAUUGGUGGUCGUGGACAAAUAUGGGCGAGUUAAUAUGGUGCAUGAAACUGCCAGAGAAUUUCUUGUAGCUGGCGGACUAGAGUCUGAGUUCUCCAUAGAGAAAACCAAGGCGCAUACACGAAUGGCUGAAGUGUGUCUCGGCUACCUCGUUGGGGAAGAAAUGAAACCUCCAAGGACCAGGCGGCGCCGUUCUUCGGCAAACUUACCAACAAGACUAGAUUUUGCCAUCUAUGCAUACACAGCAUACUCAUAUCACCUCUCGAAGGCUGAUCCAUUGGCGACAGAGGCGUUCCAGCUUGUCACACGGUUCCUGAAAUCCAACGUACUUACUUGGAUCGAAACGAUUGCCGAUUCCCAAAAUCUCACUCAUCUCAUCCGUGCCUCAAAACACCUCAAAACCUACGUGGAUAGAUGCGCCGUUGAGCGUUCACCACUAGACCCUCAGAUGCGGGCGCUACGACAGUGGAGCAUGGACCUUGCUCGGAUUCCUGCCAUGUUUGCCAACGCCCUCACGGUGUCACCGUCAGCAAUAUACUCGUUGAUACCGCCAUUCUGUCCCACUGAAUCUAUGGUAUACAAAACCGGAUGCUCAAAUCAGAGGCUCGCAGUGCUUGGCACUUAUAACAAGCAAUGGGAUGACAGGAUGCUGUGCAUGGAUUUCCGCCAGGGUCAACCAAGAGCUUUACGCUAUGGAGACGAGUUCCUGGCCGUCGCCCUCAGUUCAGGAGCUGUCGUAUUGUACUACGCUACAUCCUACCAGGAGUACAAGGUCUUAAAACACGGUGAAGCUGUUAACUUCAUUGCUUUCAAGACCAAAACUGACCUUGUAGCAACCUGUGGUAUCAAGACGACCAAGAUCUGGGACAUCAGAAAGGGGCAAGUGGUAGUCAGCCUCACGAGCCCUCCGCGUCCGCUGGGAAUGGAAUUCGAUGGAGAUAUGCUUUUGAUUGCAAGUCGCAACAACUACAUUGAGACUUGGAAUUUGGGACACGACGCCCGGGCGGAGUCGGUGCGGAGGCCAUGGAGUGGUGCCAAUACGCCAGAUACGAACCAAAUGCCUCUACGGGGGACCCCAUGCGCACUAACUCUCUCUACCAGCCACGGAAUGCUUGCUGUCGCCUACAGCGGCCAACCCAUCACACUAUGGGACAUGGAAGAGGACACUUACGCUGGUAAAUGUGGCAAGAAACUCUCCAGUGGAGAGACGUGCACGCAUGUCGUUGUCGCGCUUGCUUUCAAUCCCAAUCCUGACAUAAACCUUCUCGCAGUCGCAUAUCUCGAUGGUGAUCUCGCCCUCCUUGACCCCUAUGCCGACCGGCAGCUGGAAUGCUUUCGUGCCAAUUGCCAAACCCUCUCUCCAAGCCCUAAUGGGCGUUUCCUCGCAGCGGGUGGUGCAAAUGGGAUUGUCCACGUUUACGAAUUUGAUACGUUCAAACUUCUCUAUCGGGUCAAGUCUUCCAACUCCUAUAUCAAGCAGCUUGCUUUUGCCAGAGACAGUAUGCUUCUUGCCGACAUACGAGGCACCCAGUGCACUGUUUGGAAACCUGAAGCUCUGUUGCGGGAGUCCCUCAGCGAUGAUAGCAGCGGGCUCACUUCCACUACAGUGGUCGAGACGGUUUCCAUGGAAGCUAAAGCGAAGGUUACUGCCAUGGUGGUCCAUCACACAUUCGCAGUCGUCUUUUGUGGAAAGGACGAUGGGUCAGUCGUCCUGUACGAGCGAAAAACAGCAGCGAGCUUGGGGAUUCUCUACAGGCACAAGUCCCCAGUCCGCCUAUUGGCCUGGAUUGAACCGAGAGACUCCCUCCUCAGCGUUGAUGCCUCUAACAAGAUCUUUUUACACAGGAUCCAAAAGUCAGCAGACAAAGGUUGGCUCAGCGAUCCGACGGUACUCUUCAAGUCCCACCUCGACUCUGAGAAGGCAAUCACAGAUGUGCUAGUAGGAGAAAUAGCGGCCAAGUUCCUGGUAUCAACUCGCGAGUCUGAUUAUCUGUUCAACUUGGAUAACGGCAAGUAUGAGAUAGAGCGAACAUAUCCACAAGUGCCAGGAACCCGGAAAUGGCUCCCUCAUCCGCAAUCCUCUCUACAUCUGAUCUGUGUAGACAACGUCAAAGCCUGCGCCUACUGCUGGAGUGACUGGUCUGAAGUAUCGUCUAUUGCAUUUUCAUUAGACAACCACACGGUAGAGCUCAAAAGCGCGAUUCUCUAUUCGCUCGACCAAAAACAGAGAGUCAUGCUCCACUUGAUACAUCCGAGCAGUUCUGUCAACAUCAACAGAAUUGCGAUCAUUGACGCAGACUGUCUUGCCGUCGAAGGCAACGAUGGCUUGCUGAGGAAGCAAAUAGAUGCUGCGGCGACGUUAGAUCAACUUGCCACUGAUGAAGACAGGGAGGAGGCAUCGAAUCUGGCCGCUCCACUUCGUUCACGUGUGACUACAUUCGAACUAAGCGUUACCCAUGUCCUAGGAGUUGACGAAUCAAAAAAACUCAUAUUCCUGAACCGGUCUUUUUGGGUGUGCUCUGUUGAUCUCAGCGAGAGCAGGUUAGAGAUCGCGCAGCGCAAAGAUUCCUCGGCGAUCGAAGUCUUUGAGCACUUUUUUGUUCCAUACGAUUGGUUUGCUGGGAAGAGGAACAUUGUUUGUGCCUUGGCAAAGAGAGAUAUUAUGUUGACUCGGGGUGGCGACUUGGCGGUGAUUAGAGGCGGCAUUGACUAUGCCGAGAGAAUGAGCGCUCUAUCACAACGGGCCACAGAGGCUGCCUUGGUGACAGAUCAACUCAAGGAGUUCGCAGACAAGAGCGUACAAAGACAAACAUUCACCUUGAAACUCAAGAACUACUUUCUAACUUCUCUAGCUGCCCAUCUCAACGAAUACUUGACUCCUAGCAGCCCCAUCACCCCAGACAUGAUCCGGUGUGUCGGUGCCGCUACUGCAAUGCACGACAUCCUUGCAUGGGGAGUUGCGGACCCUGGUGAUGGUGUACUAACCAGUAGACCCGUGUAUGGCCGCUUCGAACUUGAUUUUGGUAACAAAUCUCAAGUGAAAGUUGUAUACUCUGAUAAUAAGACCGAAGAGGCAUUCCAAGAUGGUAUCAUCGACCAUUUCGAGGAAGCUUUGGUUAGAUCCAGUGAGGCCGGCGUACACGUCAAGAUGGUGCUGAUCGUCAACCCUCACAACCCACUUGGGCGGUGUUACCCCACGUCUACCCUUGUCAAAAUUAUGCAGUUCUGCCAAAAGCAUAGACUGCAUCUCCUGAGUGAUGAGAUCUACGCCUGUUCGGUUUUCAACAGUGAUGAGCCUGCAACCCCUUUUACCUCGAUCCUGUCGAUAGGUUCCACGAAUCUCAUUAACCCAGGUCUUCUCCACGUCACCUACGGACUAAGUAAGGACUUUGGCGCCGCUGGCCUUCGUCUCGGUGCCAUCAUUACUCGAAGCCAACCAGUCCUCCGCGCAAUCGAGGCGGCCAUGCGGUUUCACAACCCUUCCGGCGCGAGUCUGGCCAUUGGAAAUGCAAUGCUUGAGGACAGAGUGUGGUGUCGAUCUUUUGUUGAUUCAUCGAGAUCAAAACUCUCACAAGCCCAUCGACACGUCACGUCGCAGCUCAAGGCUAUGAACAUCAAGUACCUACCGGGAAGCAACGCAGGUUUCUUUGUCUGGAUUGAUCUAUCGCCAUACCUUCCAUCUGAACUAGAUGGCGAGCUGAAUCAGGAAUUUGCCCUCGCCAAAAGGCUGCGCGAGGUUGGCGUUUUCCUGCAUCCUCGAGAAGAACACUCGCUUGAACCAGGAUGGUUUCGAUUGGUAUACACACAAGACCCGAGAACAGUGACUGAAGGGCUACAGAGUUGCCAGGAUCAAAAUGGCAAUAUCGUAGGCUGGACAGUGGGGAAACGGUCAACCAUACUCGCAGCUAGCAAAGUCAAGGCCUGGGAGGGAUUUUACGGAUAA